AUGGCGGGCAAUAGUUUAGCGCCGCCAACGCUGGCGAUCGAUACACGAACGCGUCCGAGGAGCGAUACUAAUGAAACCAGAGUGGUGACGCCUGCUGGUUCCUUUGUCUCUAAUAUUUCGAACAUAUCGAAUCCUUUUCUAACGCCAGCUCACUCUAAUCCUUUCCAAACACCAGUCCCAUCCGACUGUGGAGCAAGUGUGUUAUCAGUAGACCCCGAGGCAGCUCUCCGUCCAGAUCCCGGCUCGGAGGCGGAUUUCCAGGUCGAAAAUAACCCGUUUGCUUUUAGCCCGGGUCAGUUAAACAAACUUCAAAAUCCAAAAUCUUUACCCGCAUUUCAGGCGCUGGGCGGCAUCUCCGGAAUAGCACGCGGCCUACAAUCCGAUAUUAACGCUGGUCUGAGCCUCGACGAGGCAACAGUACGAACAUCCAUUACGUUUGAGCAGGCCGUGCGGAGGACGUCAGAUAAAUUUAUAGAGACACCGGAGCGGACACCUCAACCCGGAUCAGACUCCUUUGUUGACCGAGCAAGAGUCUUUGGCAAGAAUAUUUUACCAGCGAAGAAAGCCACACCGAUAUGGGUACUCAUGUGGAAUGCCUACAACGACCGGGUUAUCAUAUUAUUAACAGUAGCCGCUGUAAUAUCGCUGGCACUUGGCCUUUACGAAACUUUCGGGACGACCCCUGAACCAGGAGGACCACCAUCUGUGGACUGGGUUGAAGGCGUCGCAAUCAUCAUCGCUAUACUUAUCGUCACGCUAGUAGGAUCACUCAAUGACUGGCAAAAGGAACGUGCUUUCGUCAGACUUAACGCUAAGAAAGAUGACCGCGAGAUUAAAGUUGUUCGGUCUGGGAAGUCAUUUAUGAUUAAUGUUCACGACGUCCUGGUUGGAGAUGUUCUACAUCUCGAGCCCGGUGAUCUUGUCCCCGUCGACGGAAUUUAUAUUAACGGCAACGACUUAAAGUGCGAUGAAUCUUCAGCGACAGGUGAAUCUGACGCUAUCAAAAAGACACCGGGUGGGCAGGUUAUGGAAAUACUGGAAUCAGGCGCCAAUCAAAAAGGUCUCGACCCCUUUAUUAUUUCAGGGUCUAAGGUGCUUGAAGGCGUUGGCACAUUCCUCUGCACUUCUGUCGGUGUACAUUCCAGCUUCGGCAAGAUCAUGAUGUCUGUCCGAACAGAUAUCGAAGCAACUCCUCUUCAGAAGAAACUCGAAAGACUCGCCGUUGCUAUUGCAAAACUAGGCAGUACAGCAGCUGGUCUUCUCUUCUUCGUCCUACUAUUUCGUUUCCUUGGCGGCCUCUCAACGGACGAGCGUUCUAGCUCAGGGAAGGCCUCCGCUUUCUUGGACAUCCUGAUCGUAGCCGUAACUAUUAUUGUUGUGGCUGUACCUGAAGGUUUACCUCUGGCGGUUACCUUGGCGUUGGCCUUCGCCACAACUAGAUUGUUGAAGGAAAACAACCUUGUCCGUGUGUUACGCGCCUGUGAGACGAUGGGCAACGCCACCGCAAUUUGUUCUGAUAAGACGGGAACAUUAACAACCAACAAAAUGACAGUUGUCGCAGGAACAUUUGGCCAAUCAAACUUUGCCAAAUCCGAAAACGAGAAACCAGGUAUUCAGAGCGUCUCCCAAUGGGCGGCCGGCCUUAGUCAAAAAACCAAGGACGCUAUUGUACAAUCAGUGGCUAUCAACUCCACUGCAUUUGAGGGCGAGGAAGAUGGUCAAUUCGCUUUUAUUGGCUCCAAGACUGAGACGGCACUGCUUCAGCUAGCAAGGGACCACCUUGCGAUGCAAUCAUUGGCUGAGGCCCGCAACAAUGAACAGGUUAUUCAAAUGAUGCCUUUCGACUCAUCCAAGAAGUGCAUGGGCGCAGUCAUCAAGCUACGAGACAAUUCUGGAUACAGGCUCUUGGUGAAGGGAGCUUCGGAAAUCCUCCUAAACUAUUGCAGCGCGAAGGCAGAUGUUCAGUCUCUUGCUACAAGCGACCUUUCAAAUAGCGAUCGCGAUGGCAUAAUAUCUAUUAUUGAUUCUUAUGCCAAAGAUCGUUAG